GCAAUAUUAUUUGCCCGUCCUACGCGUUCGUAUAGCUUGGCAAGCAGGAGCUAGGUUUGUCGUUUCUAAAUCACCACGGUACGCAGCAUGCGUUUAACUCAGGAUCUGGAGCUAUUCCCUGAGAACUCCGUGACUCAGUUUCUCUUUAAAGAUGUCACAAAUUCUGCCGAACUGAGACAGAUGGCAAUAGACGGAGAAAUAAGUUGCGCAUUAAUCAACCCAUCCAUGAUACUAGAUACCUUCCAGAUUCUAAUAGCAGCAAAUAAAGCAGUUCAUUUGCAGAACAUUGGAAAAAUGAAGACAAGGAGCUUGUACUCUGAAAUCAUCUUCAACCUUUCACCCACAAAUAAUAUCUCAGAUGCUUUCAAAAAGUUUGGGAUCUCAGACAAUGACAACGCAGUCCUCAUUGUUCUAGUUCAUAAAAAAGACAAUCUCAAUAAGGAGGACAUCCUGUGUAAGGUGAAGGGUGAGCAGAUACCAGCUGACCACAUAUCUAGUCUAAGUGACACUGCCCAGAUUAAAAAGCUUUACAAAGUCACACCCCAAGAGGAAAAGUGUGGAAGUGUCUUGGAUGCUAUUGUGUGCAGAAUGGCCACUAAAGAUGUUCUAUAGUUUCACUGGCAGCCACUGGAUAUAAUUUACUUCAUUACCAAAAGAAGAAAUUUUGUAUUUAUUUGUUUUGAUUAAACAUUUGCCAACUUUAUAAAAAAUAAAUCAGUCCUGGAGUUCA